AUGGUACCACUGCACCAUACUACUUCCACUACACUCGGCGUUCAAACCCAAAUCCAAACUCAAAUCUCAGAGGCCAUAUCUCCUUCCUUCCAAUUCGGCCCCCUCAACCCCAACAAACCCAAUGCCUCUUUCAAAUUCACCUUCUCGUCUAUCUCUCCCUCUCCAUGUCUUCCCUAUCGCUCCAAGCGUACACGCCCCCUCUCAGACGUCGAUGGAAACUUGAACGCAAAUACCGUGAAUGAAGGAGCAGGACGAAAAAAAAGAAGAUUGCGUCUUCAUCUUAUUACCUCGCGAUUGAGUAGACCGUUUUCGGUGCCCGCAAGUUAUAAACAUGCUAGAAUAUUUGGCAUUAAAGAAGUAUGUGUGAAGGGUGUUGGAGGGAAGAAAGGAAUUGGAAUUGGACGGAAUGUGCUGCGGAAGGUGGCGAUUUUCAAUCGAAUCAGAUUGCAGAUGCGGAUGCAUGGGGCAAGGGAGGCAAUGUUUCGUGAGCGAAAGCAACAGACAUUGUUGGAUGUGGAUAUGCAUCUAAGGGAGAUUCUCGAGGAAAAACAGAACAAAAGGUGGAAUGAAUUUGUGUUGCCUCCGAGUCCACUUGGAAGGUCGAACUAUGAUGUUUUAGAUUCAGAAGAUGAGAUGCUGAUGGAUGAAUUGGAGGAUGGGUGUGAGAAGAUGAUCUAUAGCGACUUCAAUGUCAUGUGUUCUUCGGAAGAGGGAGAAGAUGAGUAUGAGUACCUUGAUACGCUUGAUGGACUUUCUCCAGAGGAUUUGCACGAGCAGCCACUGAGUCCGCCCGAAGACGGGAGAAUUGUGGAGAUGCUGAAGGAGGAGGAGAGAUUGCAUGAUAGCUAUUUUGUGUGUGUUGGAGGUGCGGAGAUGGGGUUUCGGUAG